AAAGAUUUAAAUUGUAUACAAAGUUUUAAAAGUAUAUAUCUGCUACAAACUGCAAAUAUCUUAACAUUUAUAAAAUCAAGUUAUCAAGUUUUAUUUACCAAUGUAUAACAUUUUAGACACAAACACAUGAUCCUGUAGGUUGGUGUGCUAGAGGAAUGUAACACGGUCCUGUUAGAGGACAGCAGUGUUUACUCUCAGACAAUUCAGCUCUGCUCACAAAGUUACUCAGACAUACAGAAUACCACUCUAGACUAACAAACCGAGAAGAGCUACACAACGAGUUUCAUUUAUCAUUUACUAGUUUUUAACAAAAAUUAAAUCUACUUUAGUUGGGGAAAAAAGACCUUCAGGCUGCUAGAUGGAGCAUAACAGCAAGCAUUCUCCGUUAAUCUGGCUUGGUUCAAGUUGAACGUCAACAUAAGGAGUCACCAAAGGGUUAGUCAACAGACAGGCAAUUUGGUGGAUUGGUGUCCACAUUAUGGAUGCACUUGUGCUUUGUUUCUCUUUGGCGCUAGGACUAAUACAUACUACAGCGGAAAAGGUUCUCAGACGGGGCAGUGUUCCCCCACAUAUUGUUUUCGUGAUGGUGGAUGACCAAGGCUUUAAUGACAUUGGGUACCAUGGCUCAGAGAUCCACACACCAGUGUUGGACCAGCUGGCUGGCGAAGGGGUGAAACUGGAAAACUACUAUGUUCAGCCCAUCUGUUCCCCGACACGUAGCCAGCUUAUGACUGGACGGUAUCAGAUUCACACUGGGCUUCAACACUCGAUCAUCCGUGCACGGCAGCCCCUCUGUUUGCCCCCCGACAUACCGACGCUCCCUGAGAGGCUCCGGCAGGCUGGCUACAGCACUCACAUGGUAGGGAAAUGGCACCUGGGUUUUUGCCGGCCCGAGUGUCUGCCAACGAGCCGUGGCUUUCAAAGCUUCCUUGGAUCACUGACGGGCAGUGGAGACCAUUUUAGCUUCCAAAGCUGUGACGGUACAGAGGCUUGUGGGUUCGACCUGCAUGAUGGAACCCGACCGGCCUGGGAGCUGAGUGGGAAUUACUCAACAAGGCUUUACACUGAGAGAGUGAAAGAAAUCCUGAGAAGUCAUGACCAGCGGACGCCCCUGUUUCUAUAUGUGGCCCUCCAGGCCGUGCACACACCAUUACAAGCUCCUGGGCAUCUUCUCAGACGCUACCAGACCCUUGGAAACAGACCUCGGCGCCACUAUGCUGCAAUGGUGAGCGGCGUAGACGAGUCAGUAGGGGAGAUUGUCAAUGAGCUGCGUGAGCGAGGCUACUACAACAAGUCUGUGCUCAUCUACUCUUCAGACAACGGGGGGCAACCUCUCUCAGGGGGUUGUAAUUGGCCACUGCGUGGCGGCAAAGGCUCCUACUGGGAGGGUGGAGUUCGAGCAGUUGGUUUUGUACACAGCCCACUGUUAAAAAGGAAGAGGGUGGUGAGUCAGGCUCUGAUUCAUGUUUCCGAUUGGUACCCAACCUUGCUGUCUCUUGCAGGAUAUAGUGAAUCUGAUUCCAGCCACCUGGACGGCCAGGAUGUUUGGGGUGCUAUAAGUAGCGGCCUGCCCUGUCCACGAACUGAAAUCCUCUUCAACAUUGACCCUGUGUCACGCAGGCAUGGAGAAGUCAGCCCGAGACUCCUAAAUGUUAAUGGUUUGGGGAUCUGGGAUACAGGAGUGCGUGCAGCCAUUCGAGCCGGUGACUGGAAACUUCUGACAGGGAACGUAGGCGACGGAGACUGGUUUCCUCCGCAGACGAUGCCGGGAGGUCCGCAGCAGUGGCAGGGCAUGGAAAAGAGACGAGACCAGCGAGGGAAGUCUGUCUGGCUUUUCAACGUCACUGCUGAUCCCUUUGAGAGGGUAGAUUUGGCAGAGGCACGGCCUGAGGUGGUCAAGGUACUGUUGGCCCGACUUGCUGAGUACAAUCAGACUGCUGUGCCUCCGCGCAAUCCUCCUGACGACCCGAUGGCUGACCCACAACUUCAUGGAGGGGUGUGGACUCCCUGGCUGGGUCAGGUAGAGGAAGGAGAUGAAGGGGAUGAUGAAGAACCAGACAACACCAACAGAAAGGCACGAUUCAAGAGUACCUGCAGAGUCUGCAAACUCAGGGCCUUGUUUAAAAAGGUUGGUUCCCGUAUGCAAAGGGCCGCUUUGUUCUUGUAGUCAGAAGAGGUAGUUGUGGACAGGAUUUCUGCAUCCACAAAGCCAUUUUUUUGCUGGCAGUGUAAAAAAUAUGUGCAGCGACAUUGAACUGUUUAUGGCCUUCCUGCAUUAUUACACGGUAGUUCAAAGAUUUCACUUACCAGCCAUGAGCUUAUUAGACAGUUCCCAUCUAUAUGAUGUAAUGGAUUUAACGGAGCAGUUCAGUAACUACCAUUAAUGGUACUCAGACAGAAGCAGUCUGGAUUUGAUCACAUGUAAUUUCCACAAGUACUUAAUGUAGAUAUUGCUGGGUCUUUAUUAGAUGAUCCAGUCAUUUGAAUACAGCAAAUGGUGUAAGCAGUGGCAUUGAUUUGAUAGGGAAUAAUACAGCACUUAUAUUGUUCUUCAAUUGUUCCUGGACCAGUGUUCUCUUAUCCACCCUCUGGUUCACUUUCUCAUUUUCUCUCAUCUAUCUGUUCUUUCUCUGACAUUCCUCUGCCUUGCACUCCUCCUCACACCUCUUUCAUUCUCCUACCUUUUGCUUUAAUGCUUGUGCUCUGACAUUACCCACCACAACCAGAAUAACACAAGAUUCUUCUCCUCCACCUGUUCCUCUUGCAUUUCUUCUCAGUUUGAGAAGAUCAGGUCAGUGCAGAUAUAAAAGCAAGAAUGUCAGAGCAAGAAAAAGAGCGAUAAACUAAGUUAUUUUAUGUAAAACGAUGGCUAUUUGAGGAGGAGUAAGAUCAUUAUUGGGUAUGAAGGCUGUGUGCCUUUUAUAUGAGACAUUCUUGGCCUGUUUAUCUCCUGAUUUCAAGAGAUUUUAACUCGAUUCAUAAGACUUGAUGAAAUGUGCUCUCUAUUCAGUGUAAUGCAUAUUUCAAAAUAACAGUUUAGAAAUAUUUUGAAUAUUAAAAUUUUACCUCUACAUAUGUAAAUGGUUUUACUCUCAUGUAAUUGUAUUUGUGAUUGUGUCUUCUUUCAGCACCCCUACAAAAUAAUCCAUCCUUUUGACUUGUUCACAAUAACAUAGUCCUCCCAUAAAGAUGUGUUCAGUCACAAACCAUGAAUGAAAAACUAACCUCUUUCAAGCUGGAAGCAAGUUACCUCCAUUAAACACAUUCAUAUGAAGUAAUUAAACACGAAGAAUGUUUCCUUAAGUUUUACUGUAAUAAAUGCUUCUCUGUUGCAAGAUAAGGAAUCUAGAGCAAGGUAAAAAAAAAAAAAAAACACAGUUAAAAGAAUGUUAGUACGUAGUUAAGAUAAUGCAAAACAGAUGUUUACCUUAAGAGCUGCAGAGCAAGAAUUACUGUAACUUUUGUUGGAGACUGUUGUUGUUAAAGAUUCA